CGGCCCGGCAGGCAGGCGACGGAGGCCCAGGAGCCAUGGGUGACUGGGGCUUCCUCGAGAAGCUGCUGGACCAGGUCCAGGAGCACUCAACUGUGGUGGGCAAGAUCUGGCUGACAGUGCUCUUCAUCUUCCGCAUCCUCAUCCUGGGCCUGGCCGGUGAGUCAGUGUGGGGCGACGAGCAGUCGGAUUUUGAGUGUAACACAGCCCAGCCGGGCUGCACCAACGUUUGCUACGACCAGGCAUUCCCCAUCUCCCACAUCCGCUAUUGGGUGCUGCAAUUCCUCUUUGUCAGCACACCCACCCUGGUCUACCUGGGCCACGUCAUUUACCUGUCUCGGAGGGAGGAGCGGCUGCGGCAGAAGGAGGGGGAGCUGCGGGCACUGCCAGCCAAGGACCCCCACGUAGAGCAGACACUGGCAGCCAUAGAGCGUCAGAUGGCCAAGAUCUCAGUGGCAGAGGAUGGUCACUUGAGGAUCCGAGGGGCACUGAUGGGCACCUAUGUGGCCAGCGUGCUCUGCAAGAGCGUGCUAGAGGCAGGCUUCCUCUAUGGCCAGUGGCGUCUCUACGGCUGGACCAUGGAGCCUGUGUUUGUGUGCCAGAGAGCACCCUGCCCCUACCUCGUGGACUGCUUUGUCUCUCGCCCCACGGAGAAGACCAUUUUCAUCAUCUUCAUGCUGGUGGUCGGACUCAUCUCCCUGGUGCUCAACCUGCUGGAGCUGGUGUACCUGCUGUUUCGCUGCCUCAGCCGGGGGAUGAGAUCACAGCAGGGCCAGGAUGGCCCCCCGGCCCAGGGCACCUCCUCAGACCCUUACACUGACCAGGUCUUCUUCUACCUCCCCAUGGGCGAGGGGCCCUCGUCCCCACCAUGCCCCACCUACAAUGGGCUCUCAUCCAGUGAGCAGAACUGGGCCAACCUGACCACGGAGGAGAGGCUGGCUUCUUCCAGGCCCCCGCUUUUUCUGGAUCCACCCCCUCAGAAUGGCCAGAAGUCCCCAAGUCGCCCCAGCAGCUCUGCUUCCAAGAAACAGUAUGUGUAGGAGGUUGGGGCUAUGUCACCCAACAGAGGGGUCCUGAGAAGUCUGGCUGCCUUGAAUGCCCCCUCCUUGAAGGCUGUGCAGAGAUGACUAGGCUGUGGAUGCAAGUGCUCACUGGCCAGAGGGCCUCACCACAAAUUGUUCUUGAAUACCUGGAGCCUUCCUGGUGGCCAGAGAGCACCAUGGCUUCCUCUCCAAAAUGUCACUUUGCUCCAGGCACAAACAGAGCCAGCACAAACAGGCCAAGGGUGUUGUGGGCACUGUGGCAGAACCAGAGCCAAUUUAUCCCACCUGCACCCUUACGGAAGAUUCACCUCUGCCCAGGUUGUUCUCACAGGAAAAGGCUGAUCAGGACCACUGGGUGGACCUUGAUGAUAUAGACAGACAGCCUGUGCUGGAUCCAGCCCUGUCAAGGGGACUGGUGUCUUGUUUUCAUCAUUCUUUUCUAGUUCUGCUGUUUAUGCUUCUAAAAUAAACGGGACUUGAUCACAA